AUGGCACCAUCAUUGCCCGGUACAGCUGGGCGCCGCACAACCACAGGUGGCUCCAGUGCCUCGUCUGCCGGCACUGUCAAACGCGAGGGGUCUGUUAAGCGACGGGGACGGCCCAGACGAGCAGCAGAAACGCAGGAAUCGGAUUCCGAGAGUACACCCAGGGGCAGUCCAUCAGGAAGGAGGCCGACCAGGAAAGCGUCUUCUCGGUCAAGCACUCGCCAAGAAGCAGGAGAUCUGGAUGAGGAUGGGAGCGAGGAGGAAGAGGACGAGGAUGGCCAGGAAGCUGCAGUUGAGGAUGCAGCUGAGGAUGCGGUUGAGGAUACAGUUGAGGAGACGUCAGUACCGCCAGAAGACCUGGAAGAAAUCGAGGGAGAGAUCGACGAGGCGGGUGAAACCAAGGUCACCAAAGAUGGCGAGCUACUCGGAGGCCGGCAAUACAAAUGCAAGACAUUCAAGUUACCGGAAAGAGGCGACAGGAUUUAUAUGCUAUCCAUGGAUCCAGCACGCGUUCUCGGGUUCAGGGACAGUUAUCUAUUCUUCCUCAAAAACCCGCAGCUUGUCCGCGUCAACACAACUGUCGAGGAAAGACGGUGGAUGAUCGAGAACGGGAUGCUCAUGGCGAAUUUCAAGUCGAAACUCAUUGCUGUUGUCACCGCUCGCUCGAUUUUCAAGUCCUUCGGAGCCAGGAUCAUCAAAAACGGCAGGAGUCGCGUCGAUGACUAUUACGAAGCAAACGCAACAGAGGAAGACGCCUUGGACGAAUCGGAUGGCGAUAUGUCGCGCAAUGCUGACGACCAGAAUAGGUUUGGCAGAGCAAAUGGGGGUGGCGAGGGCACAUCCAUGUUGUCCAAACGUAAAUUGAUGCACGAUGAUGCGACCCGACAUAUCACGGACCUGAACUGGCAGUAUGAGAGUGCUAUGGCUGUUCGUGCACUCAAUUCGCGGCUAAAGAUACUUCGCACGGAGAACCCCAGGUUUUUGGAUCCUCAUACGAACAUCGAGCAGAUUCCGAAGUAUUCGCAGCCCAAUCGAUGUGUGGUCCUUACGGCCGAGGAGGAUCAUCCUGCGGAUUCGACCGCUCGUCCAGUAUCAUCAGGAGAAUCAGAAGGGUCAUCGGAUGCAUCCGCACCACCAGCUGUGGUGUCGGUCCCUCGCUCGAUCGGACCUGUCGUGGAAGCAGCUGUGAAGAUUGAGAUCAAGGGCGGCAUGCCACCACCUCCUUUUAUCCACGACCCGAACGUUUGGGCCGCGAUUCCGGAGGAGAUUCAACGCCAGCUGGAGGAAGCAGAGACCGCAAAGGCGAUGGAGGAAGAAGACGACAACGAGGACAUGACGAGAUACCCGCUCUCGAUUUUGAGUGGUCAAUACCAGGCGGCAUAUCCUAUGUAA